UUGCAAGCAACCUUCGACCAGAAUUCGACGGCGAUCGGACUAUUGCACCAGACGCGCGACUAGUCGAACCUGUAGCACCUGUGGCCUACAUUCGCGUUGUUGAGUAAUCAUGCGCUCGGUGAAAGAUGCAUUCGUGACCCGAAGAGUGUCUUAAUUUCUUGUGACAUUUAAGUGCUAUUAAUGUUGAAUUGCACCAGAAAUUGGAAAUUUAUGCCAUUAAAUUCGAGUGAAAUUGACAGUUAAAUGACAGUUUCAGCGAAAUGAACGUCAAAUUUGAUCAACAGAGUCGGCUCUUAUCUAACUACCGGACAGUUUUGUCAACGAACGAUAAACAAAUGAUAAGCGGACGUGUGCCUUCGAUGAUACAAUACUGAAAGAGCCUCUCCAGCUCCACCGAAGUCUCGAAGCACAGUAAACGAUCUCGAAUUGGGACCGUCUCCUCCCGCACUGCACGAUGGAGUCCUCCAGCGUCACCGAAUCAUUCCUGCACGGAGUGGAAUCCAACAUCACACACCUGGUGGCGGCAGACGGAGAAUCGGAUAUCAGUAAGAAUGAGGCAAAACUGUUGGCCAUCCUUGCUCUAGGUGCCGGAAGCUUUCUCGCUGGAAUUUUACCGCUGUUUAUUUCACAGCGCAACAGAGAGCGCUUUCCGGUGUUAAUCUCAUUCCUACUAUGCUUCGGUGCCGGGGUGCUACUGGCAACGGCCCUGGUCCACAUGCUGCCCGAGCUGCGCCCGGCUUUGAACCAGUACGCCGAGAUCGUAUUUUGCAUUGGAUUCUUUCUAAUCUAUACGGUUGACGAAAUCAGUCACCUGUUCGGAGUUGGCGGUCACGGUCACAGUCAUGGCGAACAGUCCAUUGUGGCGGCAAGGAGAAUUAGUCGUGAUUCUACCGGCGGAGAUCUGGAUGGUCGUAGAUAUGGCACCAGUGAAGAGACAACGUUGUUAACCAAAGGGGAAAGUAAUAUUCAGAUCCCGCAGCGAUCGUCAGAAAGGGCAGACAUUGAAAAUAUAGAGCAUAUUGGAAGCUCUAACGAAAGUCUUCCACGGGUGAUGGUGGACGCCGGUGUCCGCGAGAAGCAAGUUACUGGCACGUUCAGCCUUCUAUUAGCACUAAUUGUGCAUUCGUUGCUCGAAGGAUUGGCCAUAGGCGUCCAGAGCUCUGCACCACAGGUACUGCUGCUGUUGGGUGCCGUCAGUGCCCACAAAUACGUGGUAGGCUUCUGUCUUGGUGUGGAAAUAUGCUCCAAUGGAAGCCAUAACAAUUUGUCUCACGUUUUGCAAAUUUUAACCUUCUCGGUUGGAUCGGUCGCCGGCAUCGGUGUCGGAAUGGUACUGGAUGACAUCGGUCAAACAUUCAACAUGCUGGUGAUACCGAUUCUUCAGGGAGUGGCUGGUGGUACGCUACUGUACGUGACAGUCAGCGAAGUACUUCCGCGGGAACGCGGAAAGCGGGCAACCAUGCGCUCGCAACAAGUCGGCCUUCUGCAACUAAUUGCAGUGAUCCUAGGUUUCACGGUGAUGUCUAUUUUAAGUCUAGCUAUCUCAGAGCACUAGCGCUAAUGUAGUGAUACUAUUAAAGUUUUAUUUUAGUUAACAAAAUUUGAAUGUAUAGUAAUGUAUAGUAAAAAUUAUGAAGAAAAGUUUAGUGUGUACCGAUAUGCUUCCACAAUAAAUGCAUUCAUUUUUGAAUAGCAAGAUGCUAGAAGCAAGUGAACGAAAA